CAGACACUCAUCAGAGGUGCCCGUUCAGUAGCGACCGUAGAUGCAGUUUGUGGCCAGUUAGACAAGCAGCUCGCGCUACUGUUUGCCAUCAAAACGUUUACAUGGGUGGUAAAAGGAUUCUACCUUCAGAAUGCGUGAAAUAAAAGUCUACAUUCUGCUUUUCUGGUUAGGCUUUACAGCGGUGCGCAGUCAGCAGGAUGUCAGCCCCCCAAGGAUCUUAAAUGGGGAAGAACUUCUUGUAAAUGGAGGACCUGUAACACUAACUUGCGAGGGAGACGAACCUUUCGUCUGGACAUACAAGUACCUGGAUUGCCAUUAUGACAUGGGAAAGCAGAACCAGACGUCGAAGACAGAUGGCUCCUAUCGAUCCCAACUGACGCUAAAUAAUCAAAACAGCCAGGGUCAUUACCACUGCCAUUACGAAAAUACUAGCCUGAGUGACCCCAGGGCAUCAGCCAGCACCUAUGUCUACCUUUUUUCUGAUGAAGAACGCUUUGCUGAAAUAGAGUCAGAUUGGUGCCAAGACUCCAGAAUCACAGGGAAUGUCGGUGGCCAAGUAGUACUAGACUGUAGACCCACCCAGCCCAAUCUUACAGUUGUUGUUGAACAUGGUGACGAGGAGAUCCACCGGGGUCCUUUGGAGGAUCCGAGGGCGGGCUAUGAGCUCCGAAACCUGACAGAGGACAGUUCGGGAGAGUAUCGGUGCUCUGUUCAUAACUUCAGUAAGGUUUUUGAAGUGGAAGUGCAAGGAACUCUAAAGUCGCCAAAGUUGGGCAUCACCAAGAAUACUUUUCCAGUGGUGGGCUACAGCAUGGAACUUUUCUGUCAAAUCCCGGAUAACAAAUUCCAGUUGGAACCCACUUUCACCUGGACUCGGCUCAACAAAGAUAAAAGAACGGUUGAGUCACUACCUGAACACCAUCGUGUUCAGUCACACAUGUAUUAUGCCAGUUACCUUCUCGUCCAAAACGUCACACUAGAAGACAGCGGAACAUACGAAUGCACAGUCAACACUGAAGGACGACCUCCCUUGCAGACGGCAACGUAUAUAAGUAUAAGAGAGAGUGAGGAUCCCUUCCUAAAGGUCAGCCCUGUCACACAAAACAUUACUCUCAGAGAAGGGGAUGAACUAUUUUGGGAGCUCGAGGUUGAAAGUUUUCCUCCAUUCCCCAUAAUUCAGACAAGCGACGAGGAGUUCUACGUCAUGCAGGACGAGAACGGUAUAACCAUACAUAGGGAAUUCUUUGUGGAUUCUUAUGACUUCGGCGAGCACACGGUGAACAUAUCGACAAGGAGCCACUCACUCGGCGUCAAAACCGCUCAAGUUCACUUGUACCUGAAAGUCGAAAGCGAAACGAUACUCUGGAUACAGGAAAUAAACGCCAUCACGACGCCAAACGAUACCGUCAUGAGAAGGCUAAACUCCACGGUAACUCUACAAUGCAAUGCUAUCGUGUAUCCUAUGGAGAACAUCACUUGGCAUUAUCAGUCCUGCCCAAACGGUGAACCAUGCCCCCAAUCAUUCAGUGACCUAAAGUGUUCUCAGAUUACGUAUGCAGUACAAAAGGAGAACAACCAUUCAUCCGAAUGCACGUUUGUAGCUACAGAAACUGCCAGGAUACUAUGUCGGUCUGGAGAUGAAGUGGAAUCCAAGAAUAUUGUGGUUUCAGGUGGUGAUGAGAACCCUAGUGACUGUCUUACUCGGUGUGUUUCAGAGAAAAUGCUUCGUAGCACGCUCUUUUUAACAGGUCCAAAAUUUCUAGAUUCUCCAUCAGAGUGCAGAGUGAUUGUUCCUCAUCCCGGUGCAAAGCCGCCUUCCAAUGAAACUGCUCGUAGCACCAUUCACCUUUUAGUACAUGCACAAAAGGCUGCCUUUCCCCAAGUUUAUGAUGCGCUGGCUACAGAUCAGGACGACUCUUGGGGUGUCUCUGAUGAUAUAUUCGACAAUAAUCAAGAGGCAGUUUUAUCUCGUUUUGGUAAACUUAUGAAAGUGAAAGCUAACUUGGAAAAAAUCUAUCAGGGUGAAUUUACUGCUACGUUGUUCAGUCAAGCAAUGGAUAGAAAAAAUAGGUAUGAUACUUCCAUCAACGUUGACAGUAACUCUGUUUCUCCUGAAUUUGUUCCUGAAACCUGUACAGUUUCCUACAAGUCUGAGAGAUCAGCUGCUCGCGAAGGUCACGUGAUUCGCUCGGUUGCUUGGACAACUUGCCGCACUACAGAACGUGGUCAGUCGGCAUCUGUCAGAGCGCCCAAGUCAGGUACGAUCUUUGCUGUGGACUUAGUCCGGUUGUUACAGAUCGAUCAUUACUUCAGCCUUUGGAUUGUCCAAGUACCCAUAACAUCGACACACAAUGGAGCGUCGGUGUCCUAUCCACUACAGAGAACUUUGCUGCAUGGGGAUAGGAGAUUGCAAGACGCUUCGCUGCAGUCUUGGCUGCAGACGGAUAGAUCAGUAUGGGUACUCAACAUCACCGAAGACGAGAAGAGGGAUAGGUCAUGCGACUAUUCCCUUCUUUUCCUCUGA